UAUUACCCUUAUACCCGCGUCCUACCUAUUCCCUCGGUCUCGGUCAAAUUUAGAUCCAAAGGUCCGAAGGAAAACAGAAAAGGCCUUGAACAUGAGCGGCCCCGACAAGAGUCUACUGGACCGCUUGAGCGCGCUGAAAGGCGGCAGUCCCGGAGUGUCAUUGGACAGGUCAUCAAAGUUUUCUAUUACAAGUGCCCUGAAUGUCUCCCUCACGGGCAUCGAGCCAGCGAAGCCGCCCUCGAGGGAGGACGCACUGGCCGCUCGGUUGAGGUCUCUGAGAAACACACCCGAGCGCGAGGAACCGCCCCAGCAGUCCGCAAAGGUCACCACACCAGCGAGCUCUCGUCUCGGUCAGCAGUCUCCGGCGUCCCCAUCUCGGGCAUGGUCCCACACGGGCGGACCACAAUCAGCAGCAACAGCACCGCCCCAGUCACAGCCGCAGCAGCAGCAUCAGUCCUCGAGAUCGUCCGCGCCGUCGUCCACCACCGCUCCGGCUCCGGCGGCUCCGACGGUAGAAGCGGGGGAUGAUGACGUCGAUCCCCUCCUACAAACAGAUGACCAGACCCUCGAGGAUCUGCUCAGCGAUGAGGACUUUGGUGGUGCGCCGCAGCAGUGGCAAUCCGACCCCAAAGAUGAGUCCGCCAAGGUGAACGCCCUUCUAGAAGAACUCUCGAAGACUUCGGUCGACCCAUCCCGGGGCAAUGGGCAGGACCACUCUGAUGAUGACUCGGAUGGCGGGGAAAUGGGCCGCGAGGUGAAUGACCUGCUCACACAGGCUCUGCAGGAGGCGAAGUACAACUCUAGGCGUGACCCUAUUGCACCAGUGUCGGGCGAUGAGGGCCAAGAUACUUCGCGGGAAGAUCUUCAGGGUGGAGGUGACGGCGGCAAGGGGCUCUCCCUCCCCUCUGUACCUUCAACCAUCGCAGCCCCCAAGGCAGACGACGAAGCCCAAGGCGGCGGCGACAGUGGCCUCCCCGACCUAGGGCUUCCCUCCGUCCCAUCCAGCGCUCCCAAGCACGACGCCACAUCAGACUUUAACAACGACAUCGCGGCCCGCAUGGCCGCGCUCAGCGGUCUCGGGGGACCCUCGUCAGACGGCGGCGGCGGCGGCGGCAUGGGUCUCCCCUCCGUACCGACCUUCCAGCCCGCAGACCGCUCCGUGAAGCAGAAGCGUCUGACGUCUAAGACGGGCUAUACGGACGAAGACGCCGCGACGUGGUGUACGGUCUGUCUGGAGGACGUCACGCUGCAGUGCCUGGGCUGCGAGGACGUCUACUGCACCAGAUGCUGGCACGAGAUGCAUGUCGGUCCGGCGGCGGCCUUUGACGACCGGACGCACAAGGCCGUCCGAUUUGUCAAGCCGGGUAAGGAUAGCGAAAGACGGGUCAUGCUAGGAGCGUCAUGAGGAGAACAUGUAAACAAUGUUUGUGCAUUCUGUGUCGCUUAAACGAAAUGAAAGACUACCGACCCAGCCCCUUCCCUUCCCGCCAUCGUGUGUGUGCCUUGACCCGUGUCGUGUUCCAA